AAACCGUCUCUUCGGGGCUUCUCAGUGACUAGCAUGUGCUUCUAUCGAGCGCAGGUGGUUUUCAAAUUCUCGCUCCGUGUUUAUUCCUUCUGACUCACACGGCAGAGUCAUCGCAUUUGCAUUUAUUUUGCGGGAGUGCUGAAGAAGUGACGUGACCGUUACAGGUGAAAAGGCGCGGGAAAAAGUGCAUCACUUUUUGGAAAAGAGCAAAAAUUCAGUGGACAAGUGUAGUAGACUCUCGAGAGGAUUGCAUUGUGGAUUACAAGCAGUGGAAAACAGUUUAAUCAGUGUGGAUUAUCUCGUGUUUACUUUGGCGUGUCAUCAAGACUAAGAACAAGGCGUGAUUUGGCUUCAAUCAAAAAUUGAUUUAGGCAGCAAAACACUUUCGUUUUCUGCUUCAACUCGCUGAUCACACUUCCUCGAACCGAAAAACAACAGUCCCAAGCGAACAAAUAAAGCAGCAACGGUGAAAAAUUAGGCCCGGCACUCAAUCACUUUCUUUGUUUCCCUGGCUUUCCAUCAUCGAAACGCCAUUGUAUCGUGAAACUGAUGAAACACACAAUUUAUUCUCAACAGUUCACACCCAAGCGGAUGAUCGCCUCAGCAGCACUGUGACCAGAGUGGCGGGCAGAUCACUCUAUGUGGCGUGUCGAAGUGGCUUUGAGGCAGAGUGAAGGAAAUUUGAGUGGUCAGCGGACGCCAAGAUGAGCAAUUCGUCCAAGACUUCCACGCCGAGGGAGUCCAAGGAGUCGAAAGAUGAGAUGGAAGUGAAGGUCUCGGACCUUCCCAUGGUCUUUAAGGUGAAGUACCUCGGCAAGCAGAAGGGAAAUGGAUUGUGGGGCAUCAAGCACACCCGGAAGCCGGUGGAUAAGAUGGUGGCGGCGGCCAAAGAGAUGGCCCCGGGCAAAAUCCUGCCGAUUUGCAACCUCACAGUCACCCUGGAUGCCAUCAUCCUCGAGACGAUUCCCAACAAGAUCACAGAGUACAGAAAGUGGGUGCACAAUGUCGACACAAUAUCGUAUGGCGUGCAGGACAUCGUCUACUCCCGCGUCUUCUCCAUCAUUCUGGUCAACGAGGAGUCCGUGAGGAGUCCCUUCGAGGUGGAGGCUUUCGUCUGCGACAGUCGAGCAAUGGCGAGGAAACUUACGUUCGCCCUGGCGGCCGCCUUUCAGGACUACUCGAGGCGACUGCAGGAGUCUGAGGGACAAGACGCGGACGCUGGGAAGACGACAGUGCGCAAGAAAUUCGCCAUAGAUUUGCGGUCGGCGGAGGAAAUGGCCUCGGAGCUGCAGGAUCAGGAAACGGAUGCAUAAAUAGCAAAUGACCAAAUUCCAAGAAUCACUUUCGAUGUGAAUCGAGUGAAACCAUACAGAAUCAUUCCAGAGACGUGUGUAUUUAGAUGUAUAAUGCGUAUAAAUAAGUUUAUUUGUAUGAUGUUACAUAGACAGCAGCAUCUUCAUCCAUAAUUGUGAUUAUCUUGCGUGCAAAGAACUAGUCUCUAAAUAUUAAUUUUGGUGGCACUGUAGAGGCAAAUGUGAGUAAUACUAUGCUAUUUUGAAUUUAAUUGAGUAUAAUAAAGGCGUUAUGAUGUAAGAUGGAAAAGUGCGUGAAAGGUGAG